GCCAUGGGCCCGCGGGGCGGCUGCCGGGCCGCGGCGGGAGCCGGGCGCUGAGCGGCGGCGGGCGGCGGGCGGGCGGCGGGUCCCGCAGCCCCCUCAGGGCCGCGCCUCCCCCCCCCCCCCUUCCCCCCAAGGGCCGCCUGGGCGGGGGAUGAAACUCGGCGGCGGCUUCCUCGGAGGAGGAGGAGGAGGAGGCAAGAGGGCGGCGGCCGCCAUGGAGCCCGCCUUCCCCCCCGGCAUGGUGAUGUUCAACCACCGCCUGCCCCCGGUCACCAGCUUCACCCGUGCGGCCGCGCCCCCCCCGCAGUGCGUGCUGCCGCCCGCCGCCCCCUCCGCCCCCGAGCCCCCCCCGGCGCCGGCCGCCGCCCCCCAGGACGGGGCGUUCAAGAAGGAGCCGGCGGGGGCUUUCCCCUCCGCGCCCGCCCCCGCGGCGCAGAGGAGCCCCUGGGGCUUCCUGCAGUCCCUGGUGAGCAUCAAGCAGGAGAAGCCCAGCGAGCAGGAGGAGGACGAGCAGCAGCAGCAGCAGCAGCCGCAGCAGCAGCACCACCACUACGGGGGGCUCUUCGGGGCGGCGGGGGACGAGAGGCCCCCCGGGCUGGGGGGCAGCGGGGAAGGGAGCGGCCAGAGCGUGAUUCAGGACCUCAGCCUCCUGCACCACCUGCACCAGCAUCCCCACCGAGACCUGUUACUGAGUGGCAGAGGCGAGGGCGCCCCUGGGAGCUCGGGUGAGCCAAAGCACGAUACCCAGGUCAAGAAGGCAAAGAGGCCAAAGCCAGAAACUCAGGGAAUCAAAGCCAAGCGGAAGCCGAGCGCUUCAUCCAAACCCCCCCUGGUGGGAGAUGCGGAAGGUGCCAUCGCGUCCCCAAGUCAGAAACCUCACGUCUGCGAACACUGCAGCGCUGCCUUCAGGAGCUCCUACCACUUGCGCAGACAUGUGCUCAUUCACACCGGGGAGAGGCCUUUCCAGUGCAGCCAGUGCAGCAUGGGCUUCAUCCAGAAGUACCUGCUGCAGAGACACGAGAAGAUCCACAGUCGGGAGAAGCCCUUCGGGUGCGACCAGUGUAGCAUGAAGUUCAUCCAGAAGUACCACAUGGAAAGACACAAGAGGACGCAUAGUGGAGAAAAGCCAUACAAAUGUGACACUUGCCAGCAGUAUUUCUCAAGGACUGAUAGACUCUUGAAGCACAGAAGAACGUGUGGUGAAGCCAUAGGGAAAGCAGGUGCUGGAAUGGAGCCCGGAUCGUCGAAUAGCAUGGGUAGCUUGGCUGCGUUGUCUCAGGGAAAUACAAGUUCCUCAAGGAGAAAAAGUAAAACAAAAAGUAUAUCCACUGAAAACAAAGGAAACAAGUGUAGCAGCAAAGUAACGGAGUCUCAAGUUACAAGUAAUGUGGCCAUGCCAAAUUAUGCAGUUGAUAUUCCUAUCGUGUCUUCCAGCGGUGGUCUAGCCGGCACGGGCGUCGAAGAGCUUCAGAAAAAGGUGCCAAAACUGGUCUUCAAAAAAGGAAGCAGGAAACAGGCAGACAAAAAUUACCUUAAUUUUGUAUCGCCGCUGCCAGAUAUUCUGGGGCAGAAACCACUGGCUGGGAAGCAGAGUGGCUCCCUAGGCUCCCUAGUAACCAAUACCGGUGUAGAAACUAUUGGCCUUCUCCAAAGUACAGGUGGUAAACCAGGUCAAAUAAGUAGCAAUUACGACGACGCCAUGCAGUUUUCAAAGAAAAGAAGAUACUUGCAAACUGCAAGCGGUAACAGUGCCUUCUCGAUCAAUGUCGGACACAUGACUUCCCAGCAGUCCGUCAUCCAGUCUGCAGGUGUUAGCGUUAUGGAUAAUGAAGCUCCGUUAUCUCUCAUUGAUUCAGCAUCCUUAAACAGCGAAAUCAAGUCUUGCCAUGACAAGUCUGGUAUCCCCGAUGAAGUUUUACAGAGCCUUUUGGACCAGUACUCCCACAAAUCAGAAGGCCAGAAGGAAGAUCCUUUCAGUAUAACUGAGCAGCGGGUGGACUUGCACAGCUCCGGAGAGCAUUCGGAGAUGGUCCAGGAAGAAAACCUGAGCCCUAACUCUCAAACAGUUUCAAACGAUAAGGCGAGCAUGUUGCAAGAAUACUCCAAAUACCUCCAACAAGCUUUUGAAAGAACAACCAACAGCACUGGUUUUGCUUUUGGACCCAGUUUCCAGUUUGUUAGCUUGUCUUCAACUCUGCAUAACCACACUCUGUUUCAAGACAAACAGAUUUACACUACAUCUCCGCUCGAGUGUGGCUUCAGCCAGUCCGUUACCUCAGUAUUGCCAACUGCGUUGCCAAAACCUCCGUUUGGGAUGUUGCUUGGAUCUCAGCCAGGCUUUUAUUUAUCUGCUCUGGAGGCUACGCAUCAACAGUUGACUCCUUCUCAAGAGCUGGAUGAUCUCAUCGACCCUCAAAAAAACUUAGAGACUUCGUCUAACUACCAGUCAACAUCUCAGAAACUGACUGGCCAGAAGGAACAGAAAAACUUAGAAUCCUCAACGAGCUUUCAGAUCCCAUCUCAGGAGUUAGCUAGUCAGAUAGAUCCUCAGAAGGACAUUGAGCCUAGAGCAACCUACCAGAUCGAGAACUUUGCACAAGCGUUUGGUUCUCAGUUCAAGUCGGGCAGCAGGGUGCCAAUGACUUUUAUCACUAACUCUAAUGGGGAAGUGGACCAUAGAGUAAGGACUUCAGUGUCAGAUUUCUCAGGGUAUUCAAAUAUGAUGUCUGAUGUAAGUGAGCCAUGUAGUACACGAGUAAAAACCCCAACCAGCCAGAGUUACAGGUAAGGUCCCGACUGUGACCGGGGCUGUGGGGUCUUCUUAAUGUAGUUUUACUUUGACAACACUGCCAUUGGAAUGUUUCUACACGGUCCUAUUACGAAUAAUGUAACAUGCCCUUUCAAUGCAACUUUUCAUAUUUAGUUUAUUUUGUUAGUGUGAUUUUUUUAGAUCUGUUUAUUAUGGUUUUUAAUCAAAAAUCAAUAGAUAUGAAAUAGUGUUUUUGUUCAAGUGACAACGUUUAGCAAUCAAAUUUUCAAACAUAGGUUGUCAGGGAAUAGCCCAAAAGUUUAAAAUGCAAAAAAAAUAAUUAACUUUGUUCAUAGGACUAAGGUUUAUUCUAAUUGCUUUACUCUCAGGAAAGUGUAACGAAGCAUGGGAAUUCUAUGCACCACUAGUGUAUUGGAACUUCCGAUUUACAGAUAGCGACAAAUAUAUCUCAAGCUUUUUUGAGGAAGGGAUCUACGACAUUUCAAAUUGCUGUCUCUUAUGCCUGGGCAGAUCUGAAAGAAUUUUGCUACCUAAAUCUUGUUGCUUUUAAAGUACUCCUGUUCUUCCAGGUGAUGCUCAUUCCAGACAGGCGGAGCAAAUAUUCUUGGAUCUGUACUGAGAGCCCGGAACGGUAGCUUUAAUAUGAAUAAUAAUGUCCCCAGAACUCCUGUGUAAGACUGUAAUUCCGUAAAGAGAUUCUGUUGACACAAACCAUGAGAACAAAGUGCGUGCAUCUGGUUCAUGUCACUAGAACCCCGACUUGAAGCUACAGUCGUAUUCUAGAUACGCUCUUGGGAUACAUUAUUUAUUUUACAUGGUUCAAAAGAAGUCGGUCUCUUGCUCUUCCCCCUUUCCACAUUCUUUUAAUGUAUAAGGUUCCCGUUCUUUUGUUGUGCUCCCAGUUCCUCUGGACUUGAUUUGUGUUUUUUUUUUUUUUUUCCUUAAUUUACACCUUUUCCGUCCCCUUCUUGCCUACUCCCUCUCUCACCCCCAACUUAAUAGCUAGCAUUUCAAAAAAAUGUACAUUCCGGAAAGUGCAUAUCUCACUGUGUACUUUCUGAUGUCUCAUGACAUCAGAUAACCAACAGUAAACACCCACAUGUUUUUAGAAUUCUGUCGAGGUUUCCAUGUACAAUAAGAAAUAAUCUACUCCCAACUGUACAUAUGAAGGCCCCGAUCCUGCAUCAGGAUCAGCUCACAUGGACCCCUGUGCCCUGCAGUGUUACCGGUGGUGUCGCUGGAGCUCUUUACGGAUCCAGGGGUUUGCAGCAGUUUAUCAUUGCAGGCUUAGGGCCUAAGGCUGCAAUUCCAUCAAAGGUUUCUGGUGAUGGCGUCAACUACGAGAGUAGAACUUGAGCGGCUUCUCAAUAUCAACAGAACUUUUCUUUGGAAUUAUUGCCUUACUUUAUGUAUAUUUUGUGGUACAUUAUUUAUUAUAUGUGAAUCCUGAUUAAUGCCUGUGGAGCCACGGAAACCUGCUAGAAAUACUGGUGGCCAUUCAAAGCUGCUGAAAGGCAGUGGCACUGCUCUAAACCACUUUUUUGCAAAUGUAUUUUUUAAUUAGUUUUUUAAUGUAAUUUUGGUGACGUUUAUGCUGAUGGUUUUUUAUGUACUCUUGGUGAUGUUUCAGUCUUAACGUACUUUUCUGGUGUCAGGAAAGUACCAGUGGUUGUUUGCAGUCUUAUUGUGUAAUCAGCCUAUUACAGGCUUCCAUGUAUAAUAAAGUUAUUAACAUUGUGCAAGUGUAAAACACUUCUGUUAUGAAAGUGGUGUAUUAUUAAAGGAAUUGUUACAAAAGUCCUUGGUAAUUUCUCCCAUUGUCCCUCACCACUAAAAUUUGAAACCUGAGCCCACUUGUAACCUCUUUUACUAGGUGAACUUUUUUUUUCUUACUAAUCUAGAAUUUGUUCAGAAAAUCCAUGUAACUCCAUAAACCUUUUCUUUAUACUUGAUUAUGUAUCUCACCCUAUUUCAGUUGAAAAAGGUGAACAACAGUUGUUCUCUAUACGCAGAUCCCAGCCUGGUUUUGGGGAUGAAAUAGCCCAUAACCACUGCUGGACUUUUUCAGUACCUUUUCUCUUGUUUUACAGAGGUUAUAAUUUACUUUCUUUAUAUUGUGUGUAGUAGAAGUUGCAUAUGUAUUGUUCUGGCUGUUUGCUUUAACUUAAUACUAAUAAAACCCAUUAUUCACAAAAUCAUAAAGAUAUCACUUCUAUUAUCCAGUCACACUUGUAAGAGCCUAGUAGGGAAAUGUUAAGAGGUGAAAUUUUGAGAAGGAGUAAUGUGAUUUACUAGCAUGUUUUCAGCUCGUCUUUUUCCUUCAAUUUCUUUUUGGGUCAUGUAAUCUGAAUGCACUGUUCUAGAAAUCAGGGCCCUAUUUCAUACCUUGAGUCUCCAAGGGGAAAAAAAAAUAACAAAUUCCCUUAAGUUAAACUGUUCACACGACCUCAGCUUUUUAAAUCUGUCUUUUUUAUAUAAGAUUUUGGUUAAAAAUAAAAAAAAAACA